CUUGGAAUUUUAGAAAGGCGGUGUAGUGACAUUCAAACAGCUGAUGUUUAUUUUGAAAUUUCUCCAAAUAACUAAAAGGAAAAGGCAUUAAUGGAAAUCGCUAAUGCCGUUGGGACUUCAUCUGGGGUUCCGCGCAACACUCGAAUAGUGGAAGGCGUGGGGGCCCGUGUAAUCAGAGGUCCCGAUUGGAAAUGGGGCAAGCAGGAUGGAGGAGAGGGUCAUGUGGGAACUGUAAGAAACUUUGAAUCUCUUGACGAAGUGGUGGUCGUCUGGGACAAUGGAACUGCUGCAAACUACCGUUGCUCGGGUCAAUAUGAUUUACGGAUUCUGGAUAGUGCCCCGACGGGGAUAAAGCACGAGGGCACCAUGUGCGAUACUUGCAGACAGCAACCAAUAUUCGGUAUCCGAUGGAAAUGCGCAGAGUGUGGCAACUAUGAUCUUUGUUCCGUUUGCUAUCAUGGCGAUAAGCAUCAGCUCCGACAUCGAUUCUACCGCAUCACUACACCCGGUGGAGAACGCUUUUAUCUAGAGCCAAGACGUAAAACAAAGAAGAUUGCUAUUCGUGGUAUAUUUCCCGGAGCUCGGGUAGUGCGCGGUGUCGAUUGGCAAUGGGAAGAUCAGGACGGCGGUAACGGACGUCGCGGCAAAGUGCAAGAAGUGCAGGAUUGGUCAGCGACAAGUCCUAGAUCAGCAGCUUAUGUAGUCUGGGAUAAUGGGUCAAAAAAUUUGUAUCGAGUGGGAUUUGAAGGUAUGGCCGACUUGAAAGUUGUAAAUGACGCCAAAGGCCAGAAUGUGUAUCGAGAUCACUUGCCGUGCUUAGGAGAGCAAGGUCCCAGUCCCAGACCCAUGGGACUGAAAAUAGGAGAUCAAGUAAAUGUUGACCUAGAACUUGAAAUAGUCCAGUCUCUACAACAUGGUCAUGGAGGCUGGACCGAUGGCAUGUUUGAAUGCUUAAGCAGUAUCGGUACUGUAGUAGGCAUUGAUGAAGAUCAUGAUAUAGUUGUAGCGUACAGCAGCGGUAAUCGCUGGACAUUUAAUCCUGCAGUUCUAACAAAAGUGGCUACCCCCACCAAUUCUGCUGGAUUUAAUGAGACACCUCAGCAACAAUUUGCCGUUGGAGAUGUGGUUCAGAUUUGUUCGGACAUGGAGAGGGUAAAAAUGCUGCAGAGGGGUCAUGGAGACUGGGCCGAUGGGAUGGCUGCGACCCUGGGCAAGGUGGGCCAUGUUCAGCAAAUCUACAAUGAUAAUGAUCUGAAAGUGGAAGUCUGUAACACUACCUGGACGUAUAAUCCGUUAGCUGUCACUAAACUCGCUAGCAAGGAUGGUACAAUGCACGGAACCACUAGCGGCGAGCGCCUCAGCGCUUUGCUGAAGAAACUUUUCGAGACCCACGUUUCAGGCGACGUGAACGAGGAGCUGGUAAAGUCUGCUGCUAAUGGAGAUUCCCAAAAGUGCGAGGAAGUCUUGAAGCAGAGCAACGGCCCCGGGACUAGUAUGGGGCCUGACGUCAAUGGAGUUUUUGCCGGUCACACGGCGUUGCAAGCGGCCAGUCAAAACGGCCACCUCGAAGUCAUCACCGUUUUGCUACGAUUUCAUGCCGACGUCGAAAUCGAAGACAAAGACGGCGACCGGGCAGUUCACCACGCCGCGUUUGGUGACGAGCCGGCGGUGGUGCAACUCUUGGCCCACGCGGGGGCCGAUUUGAAUGCCCGCAACAAACGGAGGCAGACCGCCCUACACAUAGGAGUGAACAAGGGCCACAUAGGUGUGGUGAAGAUGCUACUCGAUUUGGCUUGUCAUCCCAGUUUGCAGGACUUGGAAGGUGAUACUCCUCUCCACGACGCCAUAUCGAAGAAACGCGACGACAUGCUGACUUUGUUAUUGGACCACACCGCCGACAUAACACUGACCAAUAAUAAUGGUUUCAAUGCACUUCAUCAUGCCGCUCUGCGUGGUAAUCCAAGGUAAGCCCGUUAUCGCAACCUAAAU